UCUAGCAGUGCCCUAACCAUUUGUGAUAGUUCAUGUAAUCUUUAACAUAUGCUUCAACUGAAGUACUUGGCUUCUCCAGGUGGAAGAUUCGAAACCGUUACUGAACAUCUCCAGCACAUCGACCACAUCUGUCAUCAGUUCUUCAGUACGAAAUGGAGUACCUGAAUUGGUCUCUCGAGACGUGAAUUCGCCUUCGCGUUUUGAGCAAGAUCUGAUUGGAGUGCAUUUCAACCCGGCUGCUGCACCCCUUCCCAACUUGAUACGACAGUAUAGAGAAAAGUAUUCGAACGAGUUUAAGGCUUUGGACGAUGAAAUAUGGAAACAUUAUGAACUUAACAGACAGACAGAAGAAGUUUAUCAGUGGAAAAUGGAAGUCCGAAAUAUCCUUUUGGCGGAGUUUCGCCCGGCCUUUCCUUAUCAAGCUAUCGAGUUGUUCGCCGUAGGAUCUACUGUGAAUGGUUGUGGAAGUUACAACUCUGAUAUGGAUUUAUGCCUUUGUAUACCCAUGGGUCCCGAAAACCUCUACUCCUCCGAAAGAAUGUGA